CACUUCCGACGCGCCACAUCAAGCAUAUCGUCAUGCGGGCACAAGAUAUCUUCACCAGUCAAUUCGUCGGGUCGCUUCCGAAUUCUCAACCACACCUUCGGGAUCUGUAUACCUAGUCGCGGUUGACUUUGUCGGAUGUUCCCGUGCGGUCGUGUCAAGCGUUUCCUGAAGCAGAACACCCAGAACAAGAUGCGCGUUGGCGCAAAGGCAGCAGUCUACGUUACCGCUGUCCUCGAGUACCUUACUGCUGAGGUUCUUGAGUUAGCAGGAAACGCUGCCAAGGAUCUCAAGGUCAAGCGUAUUACUCCUCGCCACUUGCAACUCGCCAUUCGUGGUGACGAAGAACUCGACACUCUCAUCCGUGCCACCAUUGCUUUCGGUGGUGUCCUGCCACACAUCAACCGUGCGCUGCUGCUGAAGGUGGAGCAAAAGAAGAAGAACAAGGCCAUUGAGGCAUAAAUGUGCCAUUCCACGAAUCCUUGAUUUUCUCUCCGCUCUUACUCGCCAUGUCACUGGGCUUGUUGUGAAGUAGUUCUUUUGCGUUUUGGAGUGAUGGGUGAUACACAAUUACGUCG